GUUCGCUUGGAAGUAACUCGCAGGGCUUUCGUCAUGCUUGUGGAGGUUUCACGGUUCUGAUCAAGUGCAUGAAAACGCUCACGUGUUUGUAUUGGCUUGAGGGCACGAAGCAUUUUCCACCAACUCUGCUCACACUUGCUCCAAUUUCACACCUUGAUGAUGUAUCACUAGACUUAACUCAGAUCGUAACCUCCACAGCCCAAUACUCAACCCAUGAGUUCCCAUGGAUGUGAAUAGCGAAUGUUUCAGCAACAGGUGGAUGAAUAAAUAGGAGAUUAUGGAUUAGAGCAACAGUCUCUGAACUGCAGUGUUUAGAUUAAUGGAGGAGGAUUUGAGCAUAUAAUGAAUUUCCUCAUGAGUUUCAGUGAACUUCUUUUAACUUAUCGCCCUCCACCUGUCCACCGCUCCUGUAAGUCAUUCAUCGUGUUCACAGCACAAAAGCCUCCGUGCUGUCAGCGAACGCACGUGAUCAAACCCCAGGAGUCGCGUUUAUGGCACUUUUAAGCAUCAAGUCUCGUCCCGAGUGGUGAAACAUAACCUCUCGUCGAGAUUUUUCCUGAAGAUGAAUGAGCGGCAUCGGUGGGAGCUCAGAUCUCAGCUCCGGAGAAAGGCAGCAUGUGAAGGUGCAGCUGGCGGGGCUUUUACGUAACAAGAUUGGAUGAAGGGAAAAGUGGCUGCAACAAGUGGAGACAAAAGAGAAGUCCCUUCAAUGCAAUGAUGCAAAGCGGUUCAGCUGCAGGUUGAGACCACUUGUUAGCUGCAAUCAUAAAAGCUCUUUGAGAGGAUUCUCAAAAUAGUCACAAAGCUGGGCGUGGUUCAGGACACGAGGGAGGAGGAAGGCGAAACGGCUAAAACAUGGGUCCAAAAUUGCUUAUUUCAACUCUCAAUAUUCAUUUAUGCUCUUUUUUAAUUCAUUAAACGUAGCUGUUAUGUAAAGGAGGCAGCUCAUUGUUUAAAUUACAAUCCACGAAACAGGGAACACAAAGGACACACACACACACACACACACACACACACACACACACACACACACACACACACACACACACACACAAGCAAACAAAGCCGCAGAAAUAGAACCCUGUGUCAACAUGGGACUGAAAUAAUCCCACUCAGUUACAGCAGACGCUCCUUCAACCCGCUGCUCUUAUUCUCGGCGCAGGUUCGGCCGAAGCCAGACAGGACAGCGAAGAUCGCUCCAGAUGUAGCAACACAUUAGCGAUGCAGCGGCUUGUGGCGCGCUCGGUUGUUAUUGGAGACGGAUUUUUAGUUUGACAGGGAAGACGAGGCUGGUCUGUGGGGCCCUUUGCUGGAGUGUGAUUAGCAUUGCAGAUGCAGGUUUCUGUAGGCGUCAGUUUCAACAAACUCAAGGUUCCCGUGUCUCCAGUGCAUGAUUAAAAUGUAACAGUGGUGCGUGGGAAAUUCACAAGAGCAGAAUUAUUCUCCAACACUCAAAGAGCCUAUUUUCUGCUCAGGUGUGUUGCACCUCCCUCCUCCCGCACUGCACACUUUGUUUUUGUGCGCGGGCUCAGCCCAGCGACCCACCGGGGGCUCUCUAACAACGGAGCCAAACCCCAAACGAGAGCUACCAAAAGCCGUUAUUUUCUGCAGAUGCCCUGAAUCGAGAAUGAACGUGUGAAUGUGAAAGUCAGCUGGAUUUCCUAGAGAAACGCUGGAGACACAGGGACACAGUGGAAACGAGAACACGGAACCUGUGAGAGAUUAAUGAUCAGCGCAGACUGUAAAUUCUAAUAGAUCACAACAAUAACAUCAUAAUAUGUACAGUAAUGCAGUGGAAUGAAAGCAGGUUGUGCUGCUACUCGUGCUGCUAGCGGACAGUAACACAGUAAUAAGUACAUCAUCAGACGCAUUCAUUACUUUAGACAACAGUGACAAGCAGAUCAUAAUAAAAACAUAGUGUAGUGGGCAUUUCAGAAAAUCAAUAGUGCGUUGUUUCAGCCCACACACACACACACACACACACACACACACACACACACACACACACACACACACACACACACACACACACACAGCCAGAGCUGGUUGAUGCUAAUAGAGGAUGAGUUGCAUCAGCUGAGAUCUGCUGUAUUGUUGCCACGUCCGCCUUAUUCAUCUGUUUAUUCAGGACACCGUCGACGUCUGGUCCUGCAGCCGCCGCAGUUACGCGCCGCAUUAAUACCUAAUGAGCUUAUUUGCUGGCGUUAUUGUAAGCGCAGAGGCAACCGCUAACGACGCCUUCAAGGUGCCAGAAGUCUAAAUGUUUACGAGUGUCUGUCACCGCCGCCGUUUGACGAAGCCGUUUAACUCCCAGCGAUGUCAAGAGCACAUAAUAGCAAACAUCCUUCACGCGGAGGAAUAGGAACGGGACGCAGCCGCCGGGGCCUGAACACGCCGACUCAGAGGGAGGCUGACAUUAGCUGUGCCUCACAAACCCAGGUCUAGAUCACUUAGAAGCACUUCCAGUGAAAAAGCACCUGGCUGGCCUUUUUAAAGUCACACGUUGGUGCGGUUUGAGCAGGAUACUUUCUGUCCCCUCUGAAGUGAAUCUUCAGUCCCCGACAGCGCCGGCGGCUAACGAGGCGCUUCAGCACUUUGGAUCUCCUGAGAGGCUAAUAACCCCAAAAUGUGAUCAUUUUAGGACAACUUCACUGCACGUCGGCGCCUGGUUUCACUCACUUUGACUCACAGAGCAAAGUUGGCUUUCAAGCUGCACAAGCUCUGGUAAAACAUAUAGUAAACCUGUAGUAUAUCUAUGUAUAAAGUAUGUAAGAAAAAUUAAACACAUUAUAUAUACAAUCAAUAGAUUCACACAGAUCACAGAUCUCUCUGACCAGUUAGGCGACCCGUUGACCCCAGUAGCACCACCCCCCCAGUUCCAGUUUACGUUGGUCGCACGCUCAGCCAGAACGAGAGCAAUGCAUGAGAGCAAAAUAGGUACCACACAGAGCAGGUGGUAGAAAUGAAAGGCCCGGGGGGUUGAUGAAAGUAAAAUAAAAGGCAGCGGUGAUGAGCAGGGAAAGGUUAUAACGACCGUGGUGGAUUGGAUAACGGGGCAGAAACGAUGCCAGGAGUCAACAGGGAGGCAUCGCGGAUGUCACUUAAAGUGCACCAACCGUACAAAGUAGAAUAAAGUAAACCUGAGACGGAAAAUAAAAGCCGGCGCGGUGGCGCGUGAGUGGGAGCGUGGUGGGAUGUUCUGACUUAAAAGGAUGAAGGUAAGACGAAUCAGAACCCGUCCUCAGUCUGAAGAAGUGUUAAACUAAGCGUCUGCAGGGCUCCGUGAUUGUUUUCAUUUCAUGUGCAGCAAUAAAGAUAAAUGACAAAUUACCAGCUACUGUGUAUACAUAGUAAAACCUUUGAUUGCCCCGUGAACUGAGGCGAAGGCGACAGCUCCAGUUAUCAUGCUGCAUAAAACCUUUACUACUGGCCCAAUAAAACCCUGCUAUGAAGCUGGGUUUGUUAGGCUCCGUGUAAUAGACGGCAGCAGGCGAUAGGCCGACACAAAUCAAACUGAUUUCCUGACAUCGUAGGCCCGCUAAUAAAGCGGUCCGCUGAUCACCUGUCGAGGAAUGCUGCCCCCUGUUGUAGAUUUCAAAAUAAACGUUAUCCCGCUUUAAAUGGUAGCAGGAUGCCAUGCUUUGCUGGAGAGCCCGGUAACGGCAGGUUGUUUGUUCAGGUGGGGAUCACAGCAACGCUUGCAGGGAACACCUGCUACGCCGCCGUAACAAACCUGUCAGUGGGAGCCGUGCUCUUAAUGCACUCGCCCCUUCAUCAUUAUAAAGCACUCCGACCGACGCGCACAAAGGCCAUUAAAGUGACAGAGCGGCACCAGGCCCGCGUGCUGCCGCUCGCGGAGCCCGUGGCCUCUCAGCUGCCCCGCUGCAUGGACGCCUGAUCCUCGCUCCUUGCCGUGGGGCCCGUGCAGUUGGUGGGCGGCCAAAGCCUCAGCUUCAGUGGCUUUUCAGGAUGACAGCAGCGGCGGCAGCACGUGUCCUGCAACAGCUGUGUCCUUCCACGCUGCUGCCGCCCUGAGCAUGUGACGCCAGCCCACAGACCUGCUUCUCCGCGGCUUAUUAUAACGCUGGGCAUUGUGUAAAAUGAAUAAUACAACACAAUGUAAGGAUCUGCACGUUGUAGUUAGUACAAAAACCGCCGCCUGUUGAUUGGUCUACAUCUUUCUGGGUGCUGAUUAGCUGCAGGAAUGGUUCAUAUAACAUGGCUUGGUACAAUUUAUAUGGAACCAAUAGAUUGGAAGCAUAUUUUAAUAGUUAAGUUGGCAAAACGUUGACAAUUAACCUUAUAAAGGUAAAUGACCAGGUUAUUGUUAGUCUCCUGUGUGUUUAUUAUUAGUCUGUGACAUAGUCUUAAUUUUAACAAACACUUGUUCUUAGCAUGUGGAGCUGCCUGUGCUAAUGACUGAGAGACCUGAGGCACCAUUCGGCUUGGGAGCCUGCGCAUUACUGUGGGCAAGUUGCCAGUGACUUCGGAGGAAGGUUUUCUACUCCUGGUUUAUCUCCAAACAGAGGGAGUUGUAAUAAAUCCUAGUUAAUGGCUCUGACUCUGAUGUACAUACUGUAGGUCUGCACCGAUGGCGGCUGCUUGCCUGAAUGAAUACAUCAAGAUGCUGGAGACAGCCACCGAUGACUGUUCACCAAUACAUUUCACGUUCUCUGACUGAGCGGAAAACUUUACAGUGUAAGACAGGAGGGGGAGAGAGUGACAAAGAGCAACAGAAGCUGGCGCAUUUAAAUUCCCUUCACCCUCACUGUGUGAAAUCUGAGCAGCAGACAUCUGAAAAGCUCAGCAAAUAAAGCCUGGAAAUGGUUGUACGGCUCCGUGAAACUGCCACAGACGUGGAAAAGCCAACACUGAGCAUCAGAGUGCAGAAGAAACAUUUCUUGGCUCAAACGGAAGCUUGUUUAAAAAUGACUCAAAUGAGUUUAUUCGUUCUCAGGCAAAAUCCAACAUCUGUAAACACCAACAUCAUUUUAGGAAGA